AUGCGCACCUGGGCCCCGCGCGUGGGCGCGAAGCCCUUCAGCUGCCCACCGCUGUCACGAGUCGCCCGGCCGCGCUCCGCUGCAAAAUCAAUUGCAACACGAGGAUUGUAUGCAGAGGAUAGGGCAAGCGCAGUGCAUAUCGAGCUCAACAAAGAAAUCCGUUUCACCCGCGGGCUCACGGACCUGGAAAUCCUUUACCAGACUCGGGCAGCGGAUAUGAAUGCCGUUAAUGUGGCCACUUUCUGGAUCCAGCUUACAAUUGUCGCCACGGACGCCAAGCGCACAAUGCAAUGCCAGCAGCUUGCACGGCGGGUGCUCGGCAAGACGCUCGCGUUUACGCCUGUCAUGGAGCUGCGGCAGCUGGCAAAUGUCCUGUACUCCAUGGGGAAGCUGCGCCUGGAGCUCUCAAAGGAACAGCUUGGUCCCCACCUGACGGAACAUAUCGAGUCGCGCUUGGGGGAGCUGCUGGAUAGAAAGGGCUUUGGCAACGAGCUUGAUCUGACGCAGCUAUGGUACGGCCUGGCCCUGUGCAAAUUCCAGUGGGACAGCGAGCUGCUGACACGCCUGGUUGCCGGCACCAUUGGUGAAAUGGAGGCGUGGGAGAGCAUGACGGGCGCUGGCGAUACCCUCGCCAACAUGGCGCAGCUCGCGGAGUCCAUCACCCUGACAGACCAGCAAAAGCAGGACCUCGUUGGCGUCAUAGGCGCGCUGACGGAUCGCGUCGACCUGGAGCGGAGGGACUUCCACGCGCUGUCUGGAACGGUGUGGGCCACCCGCAGCCUGCAGCUAGCCGUGCCGAAGCCGCAGCUGCGGCGCCAGGUGAACCUGCUUCUAGCGGCCCCCAGGCCGCUCUCUGUCCGCCGUUCGCUUGUCUCCCGUUUCCUUGAGAACUGCUCCAAGCUCGGCGCCAAGCCCGAGACGCCGGCGGAGGCGCAGGACUGGUUUGAACUGCUAAAGGACGCCGGGCCUGCGGAGUGGAAGGUUGAGGAAAUUCGGUGGGGGCUCGGGACGUUGGCGACGAUCGACAAGUUCUCGCCCUCGCCCGAGGUGAAGCAGAUGGUGCUGGAUGCCGCGGCCUCCAAGGGCGUGCGAUCCGCGGCGGACGCGGGCGUGCUGCUGCAGCUGUCCGAGGCGUGGGGCAUUGCGCUGCCGGCAGAGGUGUGCGCCCGCUUGGUGCGCAUGCGUGGCAGCGGCGGUCCCAAGCCGUAGGUGCAUACGCCGGGCUGUGUCGCAAGGCUGUGAGACCGGAAGAUGCAGUAUACCGUUAAUCCGUGAUGGUAGCGCAAGCAUAAGCCCGGGCAGGCCGGGGUAGCUAUGGCGCAAUGCCAGCUGAAGACGGAGAGGAUGGAAAGCAAUGAUUGAGCCAGCAAACUUGCAAUGCGAAACAGAGCUCCUUCACUCGCCUCAUGUAUGCAUAUGGUACCACCACACAGGCGCAUGCUACCGCAGCUAGCGUGCAGCGGACCUCGGGCAGCGCUGUCUUGUGGUGUUGCGCCUUUAGAACU